GCGGAUUAGUUGGAAAAGUUUUCAUUGGAAACAGUGAGAAAAUGGGAUAAUACCAAUGUUUUACCAUUCCGAUUGGCUAUAUAAGUUCUGAACAGAAUUGAAAUGGAAUGAAGUCUCUGAGGAAAAAACAGAGAACUCCCAAAAAGACUAAACCUCCUGUGGAGACCGCCCAAAAUGAUGAUGUUUCAGUUGAGACUGGAUUGCCUCCACAGGUUGAGGGCCAGCUACGAUGUUUCUGCCGAGUGUCUGUCACACAAAUCACAUGGAAUGUACUUAACGCUCCCAAAUCAGCACAAGUUCUAUUGAAGUGGUGGGGUGAGCCUGGCAAUGGCAUCCUCUUCAGACCUGUUGAUCAUAAUCAGAGGAAUGCUGGACAUCCACGGACAACGGCCAGAUUUCCUGUGAGAUCAGGGCCAAAACAGUUCAAUGCUUACUUGGCUGAUAUGUCAAGCCUUGUACUUGAAGUUCAAAGUGGGCCUAAGCAGGUUCCUGUAGGCACUGUGGAGGUGCCCCACUUGAGUCAGCUAGCACCCAACAGACCAAUAAAUGGACUUUUCCCCAUCAUCUCGCCAACAGAAGACAGGAUAGGAGAACUUCAUGUUUCUAUGAUGAUUGAAUCUCUGAUGGCGUCGUAUGACAGUACUGGUUCCAUCCCGACAACAGACUUAAGCAUGGAAACUCAUGUGACCCAGGAGUCUUCGGUACCGAAGCAGUCCCGCCCUGUCCCCCACUCAGACCAGCCUCGCAAACCUGUUGACGACCCUUUCAUCUCUCCAGCCUCUCAUCUACAGAAUGCUGAGACUCGUCUAGCAAAUGGUUACACAGAGGACUUGAGGCAGCAUCUGCAAUAUGAGCCAGAUCCAGUUGAACGCCAAUAUAGACAAAUGGAAAAUGGUGGAGCUGUGGCAAUAACAACUAAUGGUGAUGUCAUCAGAACUAACUACAGCAAUGAAAAUAUUCAAGGCAAAAAAGAAAAUGUUGCACCCACCUCCACCACCCAAGCCACCAACAGUGACCUUCUGUCGGUGCUUCUGGACAAGGGGAAUAAACUCCGUGAGCAGAUGAUUGUCUCCUCCUUGCACAACAAUUCAAGGGGCAAUAACUCUGUCACAGAGAGAGUUGUCACACAUGAUGUGCCACAUGGAGUUCCACAGAGAAAACCUGUGGAUGUUUCAGGAAAAAGUAUGGAUGGGAGUUUCCUACAGGAGAUACUGAGAGCAGAGAGGCUGUUUGGUGCAGAGGGUGAACAAUUGGAUGACGCUGCUGUAGACCUGGUGUUUGGGGGUCAGCUUACAGAUGAUAUAAGGCUGUUUAAGGGUCCACAUGGGAGUCCCAAUGGGAGUAUAUCAGGUGAUGAUGACAUGAUGAGUGAUUAUGAGGAUCCAGUACACAGCCAGUCCCUGCUACAAGAACUCUUCUAUAAGAACAACAUCUCUGACGAGAACCUCUCUGAUAUCAGCUGUGAUGAAUACAGAACAAAGAAACAUAAAGACCUAGAGGAUGAGUCUAAUAUGAGACCUCCAUCCCGCUCCUCCUCCAUGUCCAGCCUUGCUCUUGCCUUCCCACCAGAACCAGAGACCAAGAAACACAAGCCCCGCACACCUAAGCGCAAGUCUCGCACUAAAGUACGGCGUAAGGGCAGUAAGAAACGAAAGGGUUCACGGUCUCGAUCAGGCGCGAGUGCUAGCGAGUUUAGUGAUAGCGAUGUAGGGAGCAGGGCUAGCACGCCGAGGUCGGAAUCAUCAAGGGUAUCCUUUGACAUGGUGCCCUCUGAUAUUGAUGAGCCACCCACCAGAGAUGAACCUUCACGUCACAAGAAGUCCAACACAGUUGAUGGUAUGAGUGUUGAGCGCCUGACAUUACUGGGGCGUGUACAUGUUGCCAGGGUAACCAUUGAUUCACUGCAGCUAGCAGCAAACAUGGAUACUUCCUCAUCAAAAUCAAAACCAAAAACAAAAUAUGGCAUUAAACCACCUAAACCAUCACCUAAGGCAAAAAAGUCAUGUACUUACUUCAUUGAGUACCAGUUUCCAGUUGUAGCUACCUCACGAGACAAAUACUCUCCCAACGCCAUGGCAACCGAAGUCAUGAGGGUUGUGUCACGCAAUGUCAAGAAUGGUGUGGUGACAUUCAACCAUCGUUCUGUGUUCCCUGUGAUGUUUGAUGGGACAGCUGUGGAAAGAUGGUGGAAAUCUGCACUUGUAUUUAAACUGUACUCAAGAAACGCUGGACAGAAAGUGCCUGCCCUUAUAGGAAGUUGUGGAAUCCCGCUGAAGUCAAUCCUAAAGUCUGAGAGCCUGUAUGUGGGUAAGGACAUGGAGGUCAGGAAUACGGAUAAGUCCACGGCCAACACCUCUGCUAACACUUCCAGGCAUGGCAAUCAUGACACUCUCGGAAGCCUAAGGUUGGUGAUUGAGCUAGCCUCUGACAGUAAGGAGUUCCCCACCCAGCUGGCACGUACCAAGCUUGCUGAACUGACCGGCAAGGCGAAGAUUGUCCCCAUUGCUCAAGCCCCAACCCCUGCUCACGCCUCUGCUCCCAAACCUCCUCCUGCCCCAGUCCAACAACGAUCAACCUCCGGGGAAAGGUUCAAUUCAGCUCCUAGAGGAACUGAGGGCCGUAAUGUAUCAAGGUCACCAGCCCGUAAUUCCAGAUCCCCAGCCCGCCAUGCCCCGAGGCCAGCCCCAGUUGCCCCCUGUGAGGGCCUCUCUAUUCCAGCUCCUGUCUCUGUACAGCACUAUGAUGGGGACCAGGCAGUCAUCCACUACCACCACCCUCUACAGGAGCAGCAACAAGGAGAGGUGAUGACGCUGCACGCCCUUUUAUUGAUCCCAGAUGGCAGAAACAUCACAAUGCAGGGCGUCCCUUCCCUGGCAGCAGCCAAGAGGCACCCCGUCUUCCAGCAGCCCAGUACACACUCCGCUCCUGGUGUGCGAGCGCGUGACAUGGUUGUGCGGAACUGUUACCUGGUGUGUCGUAUGUUCUGGUGUGAUGAGGCUGUACACAGCGCUGUCUUUUGGGGCACCAGUCAACCACAGUUCAACUUCCAACAGAUUGCACCAGUGUUGAUGUCCCAGUCUCUACUCGAGAGGAUGAAGAACAACUUCAUGAUUGUGGAGGUCUGGGACAAGAAAACAUCCGCAGACAAUGACAAGUUGGUGGGAAUGGUGAAACUGAGUCUACAUCAGUUCUACAUGUCAUUCAGGGACAAGCGCAUGUCUACAGCUCUUCUCAAGUCUCAGUACCCAGUGAUAGCUGUAGAGAACUACCUUCCUGUGGUGGAUGUGUUCAGUGGCUCGCAGUACGGACAGAUCAACGUCCUCCUUGCUAUGGGAUCCGCGGAACAGAUUGCCCAUCUGGUGCGAAUGAAGACUGAAGGAUUACCAGCCACGUCAGGACCGGAGAGACCUCAACACUAUCUGGAAAGAAAAGACCUUCUACACCAGGGUGAAACAGUUCCUGCACAGAUUGGCACAGAGGCAGUUGUUGAGCACAUAUUUGAGAUUGUGAUUGAGGGUUUGCGCGGCCUUGAGAUGGAAGGAAUGAUCUGGGGUGAGGCAGACUGCUUUGUACAGUACCACUUCCCCACCCAGGCACAGACUACCCCACCUGGCUCUCCUGUCAUCAGGCAUGCUGUUCCGACAAUGAAGGCAUUCAGAACAGCUACGACCCUUUGUGUGGCUGACCCCACAUUCCAUGACGUGACUCGACACAGGAUCCUCCUGCCCCAGGCCACUCCUGUACAGAGGGAACUUCUUACAGCAUGUGGCAGUACAGGAAGUGGCAGUGGUGGUCUGCCGUUUGAGCUCUGGUGCCGUUACUACCACCCGAAUGUACGAGACCAGUGCAGUGCAAAGGGCACCUUGCCCCUUGCCAAGCUGUGCGCCAUGGUAACCAUGCAGAAACGUGGGGAGCCGUCCGUACAGACCUUCUCCUUCCCCUUACAGCAGGUGGGUGGGGAAAGGCCUGGCUCGGACAGACAGAACGCCGGCCUCAUUGAUGUCACUAUACACUACAAGAAUCAGCUUCUGCAGUCUGAGACAGCAGCAGCAGCAGCCAACAAGAACCUGACAGGGGCCCAGGUCUGUGUCUCUGUAGGUGUCAUCAGGGCUUGUGGACUCAAGGCUGCUGCGGAGGUGAGUGCCCAGCAUGACCAGGGCAUGCAGUACCCUGCCGAGGUCGGGGUAAACGCUUACCUCCGCGUGAAGCUCUCCUUCCUGGGAGCAGAAGGAGAGAGAACCACACGUACAGUGGCCAGAUCAUUUGCUCCCGAGUUCUCCCAUUUUAUGGACUUCCCGUGUCCGCUGUUGUGGCCGGAGCCGGACUCUGAUUCCCUGUGUCUAGCAGAGAUGUUGGAGUCAGCUGAGGCCACGUUUGAAGUCUGGCAUCAAGUGCCAGGCAUGUCUGCAGAGCUUGACAGAGAGCUAAAGUCUCUAACAGCAAACGGAGUAACAGGACGACAGAUAGUUGAAAAGACUGGAGACGUUCUCCUGGGGACAACCACUUUACCCCUCGUACAGCUCCUCUCUAACAGGACAGGAAUCAAUGGCUGGUUCCCUGUAAAUGUUCCUGUGUCAGCCUGGAGCCAGGGUGGUGCUGAGAAUCAGGGGGAGGAGGUGAGGCCUGGUACCAGUGGUCUAGCCCGGGUUGGUGGGGGACUGGAAAUCAAUGUGAAGUUUGCCCACCAUGAGGACAGGGAGAGGGUUGUACAUGCAGCCAGGGGUGUGGGCUGGUCACCAGUAGACCUGGAUAUCGAACAGGAUGACUGGGAAAGUGAAGAUGAGAGCAGUAACCGCUACCACCAUAUCAACAUAACGGUGGACCAAGUGACAUUUCCCCUGCAGAGUGCCCUGAUUGCUGGCCAAAAUACUCUCGAUAAAACAGCCCAGUGCUACAUCAGAUACAAGUUCUAUGAUAAAGCUGCUGUGAUGUCCCGGUUCUGUCCAGUAUCAGUGACCGCUGAUGGCUAUAUCACCGCUAAACCAAAGAACAAGCAUGACCUGCAGAUACCGGAUAGCUCCAUGUUUCGAUGGUAUUUGCGGGAGGAGCAUCUAGAGGUGCAGGUGUGGGUCACAUACGGGGCUCAUCAGGGAGAAGAACAGAGGCCCCGACACAGGGACAAGCUAAUUGGAACGUCAUAUGUUGCUAUGGAAACACUGGGUGACCAACGUAGGAAACAACACAGAGUCAGUGGUCUAUUCCCGAUGUACAAGCCGGGCGCCUGUAAUCUUGGAGGAGGGUUUCUCAGGGCUCAUAUUACAACUAAGCCACAGUUUGGGAAAACACCUCAGUCUGAGCACCAGGAGGGCCUGAUUACCCUUGAGGGGGAAGACAUAGACGCUGACUAUGACCCAGACGACAGUUUCCACCAGAUUGUGAGCCACAAGCCUACUGCCAAGACAGAGAGCUCUCCAGAAGUGGAGGAGGGUAUGGUGGGGGAGAGUAGUCAGGAGGGGGAUACCACUCCAACAUUUAUAGCUGUUGUACAGGUGGAGAGGGCCCUGCAUCUGCCACACAUGCAUGAUAAACAAAAGUCAGAGGACUACCUACCGAAUUCCUACGUGUCCUACCCAACGGCUGAGAGUACCAUUCCAUCCUACACAAAUGUCUUCCAUAGUGCGGACAACCCGGUCUGGGACCAUGAACAGGAAACUAAACUCCAUGCCGAGAUGCUCACCCAGGAAAACAAGCAUCUGGUGUUUAAGGUCUGGCACAAGCCUGACGGUGCCCCAAAAAGUCCAGAUAAAUUGACUGAUCGUGUUUUGGGUUUUGUGUCUGUGGACCUGACUCCCCUGGCCAGUGGAAUGCAGCAGAUCUCUGGCUGGUACAACAUCAUGGACUUUAAUGGACAUGUGAAGGGACAAAUAAAGAUAAACAUAAUACCUCAAGAAUCUGUGAUAUCAGGGAUGCCAGGAGGGACAGGGGCUGUGAGUGCAGAGCCAGUCAGCUCCUCCUUCCUGUCCCUACCCCCCUGGGGCACUGGAGCCCCGCCCCUCUCCGCCCCUGGGCCCCUUUCCCUUCCCCACUUCCAGAAUCACUAUGACCAGGUGAAAGAGCACCAUGAGCACCUUCAACAACAGCUGCAGGAACACAUCCAGCAGUUUCUACGGCAGCAGGACGAAUCUGCAGGUCAAGGGCAAGAAUACAGGUCACCAGAUUUGCCAAGGUCAUCAGGGGGACCUCCUGUGUCCUCCAUGAGACUGUCAGAAAUGCCAGGUGGUUCAGCAAUGCUCCAAGAGCCCUCUGACCUGCAGAGGGAGCCAUCGCUCUACCAAAGGGAGCAGUCAAUACACUGGAGACCACAGUUCCCAGACAUGAGGCCUGAUGACAACCCAUCUAGAUCAUUCCUCUACACUAACCUCAGAAAACAAAUGCAAGACCUGGAUGAUAUCACAUAUAAACUGAGGACCAAACUCACCUGCCAGCCAACGUCCAGUGCCCCAGGCCAGGUCCUAGAUUUUGACCUUCCAGUGACCACCCAGUCUGGUCAAUACCCACUGACCUCCACCCAAUCCGACUUUACUGGCUUUGACUUGCCCCGGAGUCAGAGAGACACGCCCCGAGACGAUCUUGGUAACACCGGUUCUCAUGGGGCUGAGUCCUCAAGGACCGUGGGAGAUUCUGGCCAGUAUUCUGUGGAGCAGUCCGGAGAAAAGUAUGAUGACUCUGCUCCUGUCUCCCAGCGAAGUGCUAGUGAUAGACUGGACACACUGAGGUCAGGGGUCACACCAAGGGAUUUCUUAGAUAGUGGCCUGCCUAAUACAAACAAUAACUCAAAUACUGAAGAACCUGAACAGAAUGUGUGGUUAACCAUAUCUCCUAGAGAGUCUAAUGAGAAAAAGGAUGAAUACUCUGAGUCUGGUGGUUUUAGUUACCGUAGAUCACCUAGAGAAACCACUCACACUCCAAGAGAAAAAGUGACAACUCCAAGGGACUUUGAGAAUAUGCUCAAUGCUAACAUGGCUGAAACUGUUCAGCACCACAUAGACAAUGCAAAAAAGUUACUAAAUGAGGUGAAAGAGGAAAAUAAAGCCAAUGACCAGAAACAAAUGAGUGUUAUUCAGGAGUUUUCUGAAAACGACCACAGUGAUAGAUCAGACGAUGAAGGGGACAACAGAUAUUACCACAGAUACAGAGACCUUCUGGAUAAUGAACAGGAUGAGUCUGACAAGGAGGAAGCAAAUGAAGAAGAAGAGGAGGAGGAAGAUGAGGAGGACGACGAGGAAGGAGAAAUAGUUGUGCCAAGGAGGAUUAAUGAUGUCUCUGGGAAGUUUUCACCUACAGGGGAGAUAAUUAUGCUUAGUGAAGAUUUAUCCAGUUCUGUGCCAUAUGGUCAUGGCUCCAUGAAAGGACCUGCUCAGAGGUUCGGUGCUCAGAUAGACAGAAAGUCUGAGCCAGUGUCUCUUCCAAAUACUCCCAGAAAUAGUGAGAGCACCGGUACAGGUGGGGAGUGUCCAGAAGAAAUUCUACAAGAUGUCGAAUAUGACCAAGAUGAUGAAGACACAAGUCUGCGGGAAAAAUCUAAUGUACACAUGGAAGAAAAGGAUGAAAUCCAAUUCAAUGAAAAGGAUAGUUGGUUGUCUGACUCUGAUAAAGAGGAGGAUCACCAUGUUGUUGUGGACAGCAGAUAUGUGCACAAUCAGGCCAACCUUCUGAAGCACAAGCAACAGAGACAAGAUUCUGACACUGGUUACAGCUCCAGGGAUAACGUGUCUGAGAGUUACCUCACACCCAGCGCGGCGGGCACAAACUCAGAGACUGAUAUUUCCCGAUUGCAGGAACAUGAGCACUGGUCCGAUCAGCGUGAGAGUGUUGACGAUCAUGUGUUUAUUGAAAGGCACAAAAACAGGCUUCUUGCUAAUGUUGAGCUUGAAUCCACCGGAGGAAGCUUUGGAAUGAGAUACGAUCCAGGGCCUUCAAGGAUUUCAUCUGCUGGGAGUCGGCAGACACGACAGUCCUCAGAACCAUCUGUCACAGAGUCUUUUGAUGAAAAAGAGGAACAAGAUUAUUUAAAGCAAAAUCUUGAGCCAAUUGAAUCAGAGAGGGAAAAUUUACAACCAAUGUCUGCUAGAACUCAAGAAAUUGAGGAUUUCUUUUGUGGUGACUCACAGAAAGAAGCCACUGACAAUGUUUAUAAAUCUAGAUCUGAUAGUGAUUGCUCUCAUGACACAUUUAAUGACUUUGAACAGAAAGCAAACAGCAGUGGAAGAUUGUCAAAUCGUAGUCAGGGUAAGGGAGCUAACUCUGGUGGGAGUUCUCGAGAGCUGACACCAAGGGACACAACCAAGGGUGCUGUUCCAAACUUUUUCAUGCCUGUACAGGAUCUGGAGGAAUCACUGAAGAAACUGAAAGCCGUAACAAAUAAGGUUGACCAAGGCCAGGAGCGCGAGAAGGCAGCAGCUAGAUCUGAAAUGGCAGCCAAACUAACAUCGAAGGAGAAAUUUGCUCACCAAAACACCAAGCCUCGGCUUCCCACAGCAGAAGAAACCAAACGAAUAGCUAAAAUAUUUUCAUCUAAGUUUUCAUGAAACAGCUACCAAUUAGGAUUAUUUUGGAAUUUUUCUAUGCUUUUUUUAACAGCAUUUUUUAUACUGAUAAUGAGUUAACUUUACCAUUUGGUAUGCUUUGGUGUAGCUUUGAUAUUGUACAGCUCUCUGGUAUAGCAUUUGUUUGUUAAGGACUUUGUUGUGAUUAUUUACUAUGAUAUUUUGUUUUCGGGUUUGAUUUUUGAGUAACUGUUGAUCAUUCAUUGCUCAUCCAUCACUGCACUGUUUGUUCAUUUAGUGCUAUUUUUCUACUAGUUUUGUAAACUGAACAGUAGGCUGAAAUUAGGGAAUUUAUUUUGAUUUACCUGUAGACUUUUAUUUAGUGCCAAAUUUUGUUUUCUUUAUUAGUAGUGGCCUGUGUGUUGCCUGCAUGGGCAUGGCAGACACAUCACGGGAUCAUGUCCGGUGGUGCUGUCAUUCACAGUAGCAGACAUUCAUUUUCGCUCUUUAGCUUGGACAUUUCUUCUCCAAUCUUUACAUAUCUUGGCAGCAAUGCUCACUGACAAAAUAUCUUGGCCAAGUUUGAUUUCCAGUCAAAUCACUAUUGUCAUUCUAGAGUUAAGGCCCUUGAAUUGGCAAAAUGAUUGGCGCUCCUGCCAGGUGCGUAAUUCAUUCUGAUUAAUUGUAAUGAACUGUUUGUCUUGUAUGCAAUUUGAAUUAAUCUGUACAGCAUAUCUUAUCUAAUUUUAUAUGGAUGUUUCUGUUUGUAAUUCUCACCACUUGUUAAGUUUCACACUUUAUGUAUAUUUGCGUACAUUUUUUUACCAUGGCUAUAAGUCUGGUAUACUUAAUUGUAACUUGUUGUUGGAUAAACUCUACUUAAUUUGGUCCGAUUCUUACCCACUAUUGUUUAUUCGUAAAAGUGAUUACCUGUGAGUAAUAUCUACAUUCAAAUAUUAUAGUAAGAAACAAUAGUACAAUGUAUAUCUAUUAAUUGUUAUGAUACUUUUUAUUGGUAUUUUUUUUUGGCCAAAUAAAACAUACUUAAGGAUUAAUCUAAGCAGAAAAGAUGACAAUUAGUUUACAAAAAAAUUUCUGGUACAUGAAGAUGCAUGUUCGGCAUUAUCUUUUAGGUAUCUCUUUUCUCUAUAUGCAUAAUGUCAUCUUCUAGUCAUGAGUAUGCAUGUGUAUCAUCUUAACUCUCUCAAAAAAGACUUCUGUACAAUGAUAAAAUAAAGCACAAGAAGAGGAUAAGGAUGUUUGAAUGGUUUAAGUUGAUUUACUUCAUUCCGAAUUUAACAAAAUUUAUGUGAAUCUGUUAAAUGCAGCUUGUUAUUAAAUUGUCAGUUUAUCAUUGUCUCAGAAAUAUGGACACAUGUUUUUGGUUUAUAGUUGUAUUCCAUAAAUAUCAUAUGUUUUGUAUGUUAUGUGUUGAAAGAGAGACCAGACUGUAUUUGACAUUCCAUCAUUUGACACUUUAUUUAUUCAUUCAUUCAUAUACAAGUUCAUUACAACUCAUUUGGUAGCUAAGAAUAGACAAGCAUCCGUCCAAAUUAGAUAUAGCACACCAUCUAUGAUGUAUUAAUGUAUAGUCAGCCUAGAUACAGUACAUAGCCUUAGUUGCAGUAUAGCUUCUAACAGACCAGGAAUACUUUAGCAUUGACAACUCUUUUUCUUGUAAUGGUAAUAGAUUGCUUGCAAUUUACCUUGUUUACCAAAAUUUCGUUUAUUUUGCUUAAUAUAAAUUUUCUGCUGCUCAUAUUUUUACCAAAUCUUAACGCAUGACAUUAAGAAAAUGUUCAAAAUGUCUGGCCCAGUAUCACAUAAAAAGUUAAAUAAUUUUUUAAUUCCAACUCAUUUUUCCACAUACCAGCAUAUCAUACUUUCAAAUAUUGUAUGUUUUAACUCUUUUUUAAAAGUGCAAUCCCUAAUAGAUUAACAAUGUCCUGAUAAAAAAAAAAUUGAACAAUAUUCCUGAGUUAAAUAAUUCUAGAGCAAAAAAUAUAAAUGAGCAGUUGCUUAAACAUAACAACAAUCAUUUAAUGUAUUACUAUGAACUUUUCACUCAUUAGUCUCAUUAUUAAUGAUAAUGGGCUUUUAAAAAAGGGGGGGGGGGUAAAUUUGAUAUCUAAAUCCUGCUUGAUACUUUAUUACAUUAGAUGAGAUAGAGUUUGAGAAAUUACUUAUUUUUUUGUGAUUUAAGGGCCUGUUGUCAUGAGAUUGUUACUUACACUAUCCCAUGUUGUUUGACCCAAAUUAGAUCUUUUUUCACUGAAAAAUCUCAUGUUCUGAAUCUUAUUAUGUUUCCAUGACAACAGAGUGUUCUCUGUUUCUCCACAGCCUAAGAUGCUUAAAGCACUUCCUUAUGAUAUUGUUACCCGUUACUUUGUAAUAUUUGUAAAGUCUUGUAGGAUACGCUAUUAUUUAUAUGUAACAUAGUGUACAGUAAUUUAUACUAUUAAAGAAAUAAAAGACUUAUUUUCA